AUGACGGUACAGAGUAUUGCUGCAUAUUAUUCGUUAUUUCUCGUCGUUGUUGGUACAACGAUGAAUUUGUUAACAUUGAUCAUUCUACUUCGACCAGUAUUUCGACAUCGAAAACUAAAACCAACGAUCUAUUAUAUGAGAGUGAUCGUAGUUUUCGAUAUUUUAAUGUUAUAUGGAUGGAAUCUCGAUCAUUACCUGUCGGCCAUACAAGGAUUCACUAUACAAAGAUUAUCGAUACCAGUCUGUCGAUUAAUGUCUUUUCUUAAUUACUUUGCUCCUCAGUCAUCGGCAUGGUUACGAGUUUUUGCCUGUAUCGAUCGAUAUUUCAUUGUUAGUCGACCACAUGAGACAUGGCUCAGCAGUUCGAAAAAUAUUGUCAUCAUCAUUACAUGUCUUCUCUCCUUCAUUGCUGUACUGAAUUGUCAAUUCUUUAUCCUCGGCUGCUCGUACAACACAAACGGUACCAUUAGUGUUCUUUCUCCGUCGUUCAAAGUCUAUCCCUUAUGGGAUUACAUCAACUUAGGCUUUUAUAAUUGCCUACCGUUCAUAUUCAUGGUUCUAUUCAAUAGUGGGGUGAUCUAUUACUUGUCUCAUCUAUAUAACAUCAAUGUCAUUCAACGUCGAUCGGUAUCGGUCACUUUGAUUAUCACCACAUUUCUCUUCUUAGUGAUGACUGUACCAGCAACGAUCGCUUUUGCAUUCUUCUCCACGGCCAACUCAGCACUUUUAGCUUUUCUCGACAGUCUUCUUUAUACGUAUCACAUCACAUCAUUUCCGUUGUAUCUGAUUACCUUCGGUGACUUUCAACGUGAAUUCUAUAAACUAAUCACAUGUCACAAAAAUCAUCGACAAGUCCUACCACAACAUUUUAUUGUUCAAUACAAGAAACCAAUGAAUGUCAAGAGCAAAGAUCCUCCGUGA